AAAUUAUAAAAUGAUAACUCCUCAAGAAUAACUAGAUAUAAGUAAGUAGAAUACUAUAAUAAGUUAUUAAAAAGAUUAAAAAAUCUUUAUUAGGAAAAUAAUAAACAACCAUAAGAACUUUAGGGAAAACUUUCAGAGGGUUUGAGUCUUUUGAUAAAAAUAAUAGAAUAGACAAAGAUGAAUUCCUUAUUGGUCUUAAAUAAAAUGGUGUAGUAUUAACAAAAUUCUAAACAGAUGUAAGAGUUUAUAUUACAUUUAGUUCUUAUUAAAUUAUCUCGAUAGAAAUAGAGAUGGAUCAAUAGAUGUAGCUGAAUUUUUUUAUUUAAUAAGAGUAAAAUAUAAAUUUAUAAGUAUUUAGGGAACACCAAAUGAAAAUCGCUUGGAAGUAAUAGUUUAGGCAUUUAAGAAAUUUGAUAAAGAUAAUUUGGGUUAUAUUGUGGCUGAUGAUUUUAAAGGAAUUUUUAAUGCUAAAAAUCAUCCUAAAGUUACAAGAGGUGAAUUGACUGAAGAUUAAGCUUAUAUUGAGUUAUUAUAGUAUUUUAAGGAGGGAAAUAAAUCAGGUCGUAUAACAUUAGAUGUAUAAAAUUAAUAAAAAGGAUUAGGAAUGGAAAGAAUACUAUGCUGCUGUUAGUGCCGAUAUUGAAUUGGAUGAUAAUUUUAUAAUUUUGAUUAAAGAAACAUGGAGACUAAAAUGAUUAAUUUAUAAAUAAGUAUCAUAAAAUACAUC